GUCUGUGUGUGUGUGUGCGCGCGGGCAGCUUCGCAGCGACUUGCUCGCUCGUCACAUCCACUCAACAUUGAAUCCGAAAGACAAUUAAACAUUCGGCAGCAGGUUCACGCCGUCGCUCUUUAAAUCGCUCCCGCACCAAAAGAAAAGAAAAACAAACAAACAAGGACUUUCACACCUGUGAGCAUUUUUUUGUUGUUUUUUUUUUUAGCGGACGCGAACUUGUCAUUUCAGUUAAAAAGCUCAGGUAGUUGUUGUGCUUUGGAGCAUGGCUGACAGCGCAGCGGCUAACAGUGACGGCGAGGACGGACCCCAGCAGCCCAUGAGGGGCUUCGCCCGUCAAGGAGCCCUCCGUCAGAAGAACGUCCACGAAGUGAAGGACCACAAAUUCAUCGCGCGCUUCUUCAAGCAGCCCACCUUCUGCAGCCAUUGCACAGACUUCAUCUGGGGUUUUGGCAAGCAGGGAUUCCAAUGUCAAGUGUGCUGUUUCGUGGUGCACAAACGUUGCCAUGAGUUUGUCACAUUCUCCUGCCCAGGAGCUGAUAAAGGUCCAGCUUCAGAUGAUCCGAGGGCGAAGCACAAGUUUAAGAUCCACACCUACUCCAGUCCGACUUUCUGUGACCAUUGCGGCUCUCUGCUGUAUGGCCUCAUACACCAGGGCAUGAGAUGUGACCACUGUCUGAUGAACAUACAUAAGCGCUGUGUGGCCAAUGUGCCGAGUCUGUGCGGAACAGACCACACUGAAAGGAGAGGUCGUAUUUACAUCAGUGCUGAGAUCAAGACUAAUGUGCUCACCGUUACCAUUAAAGAGGCCAGGAAUCUUGUCCCAAUGGAUCCCAACGGUCUUUCAGACCCGUACGUGAAGCUUAAACUGAUCCCAGACCCUCGCAGCGAAAGUAAACAGAAGACCAAGACCAUUAAGUGCUGUCUCAACCCCGUCUGGAAUGAGACCUUUAAAUUCCACCUGAAGGAGUGCGAUAAGGACCGUCGUCUUUCUGUGGAGGUCUGGGAUUGGGACCUGACCAGCCGCAAUGACUUCAUGGGAUCGCUGUCGUUUGGCAUCUCGGAGCUGCAAAAACAGGGAGUGGACGAAUGGUUUAAGAUGCUCUCCCAGGAGGAAGGCGAGUACUUCAACGUUCCUGUUCCGCCAGAGGGGGAGGAGGGCAAUGAGGAGCUAAGGCAGAAAUUUGAGAGGGCGAAGAUUGGUCCGAGUAAGAACACUGAAGGCAAAUCUGCCAAUGCCGCCCGCUUCGACUCCAAUGGCAACCAAGAUCGCAUGAAGCUGUCUGAUUUCAACUUCCUAAUGGUGCUGGGAAAGGGCAGCUUCGGCAAGGUGAUGCUUGCAGAGCGUAAAGGGACGGAAGAUCUGUACGCAAUCAAGAUCCUGAAGAAGGAUGUGGUGAUCCAGGAUGAUGACGUGGAGUGCACCAUGGUGGAGAAGAGGGUGUUAGCGCUGUCGGGAAAGCCACCCUUCUUAACACAGUUGCACUCCACAUUCCAGACAAUGGACCGCUUGUACUUUGUCAUGGAGUACAUCAAUGGUGGAGAUCUCAUGUAUCAGAUUCAGCAGGUCGGCAAGUUCAAGGAGCCGCAUGCUGUAUUCUACGCGGCAGAGAUUGCCAUCGGGUUGUUCUUCCUGCAUCAAAAGGGCAUCAUCUACAGAGACCUCAAACUGGACAAUGUGAUGCUGGACUGUGAGGGCCACAUUAAAGUAGCUGACUUUGGCAUGUGUAAAGAGAAUAUGAAUGAUGGCGUGACCACCAAGACCUUCUGUGGAACACCUGACUACAUAGCACCAGAGAUCAUAGCUUACCAGCCUUACGGGAAAUCUGUGGACUGGUGGGCCUUUGGAGUUCUGCUCUACGAAAUGCUGGCUGGACAGCCUCCCUUCGAUGGUGAGGAUGAAGAUGAGUUAUUUCAGUCCAUCAUGGAGCAACAUGUCUCCUAUCCCAAGUCAAUGUCCAAGGAGGCUGUGGCUAUCUGUAAAGGGUUGAUGACCAAGCAUCCAGCCAAGCGACUAGGCUGCGCUCCAGAGGGGGAGCGAGACAUCAGGGACCACAGCUUCUUCCGCUACAUGGAUUGGGAGAAAUUGGAGAACAAGGAGGUGCAGCCACCAUUCAAACCCAAAGCUUGUGGACGGGACGCUGAGAACUUUGACCGUUUUUUCACACGCCACCCGCCAGUGCUGACCCCUCCCGACGAGGAAGUGAUUCAGAACCUGGACCAGGACGAGUUCCAAGGAUUCUCUUUUAUCAACCCAGAGUUCCCUGGAAGCGCUCCAAGUGCUCCUGCCGCAGAGCAGGCUUAAUUGAAGCUCAUUUAUGGACAUUGGGACACACACACACACACACACAUACACACACACGCACACAUAUGGUACAUACAUACGAGUCUCUGCAACCCUGUGCAACCUGAAACAUUCUAACCCAGAAAUACUUAAAAUCAAGUUAUGCGUUACAAACACAAAUGAACGCAAUUUUUUUUUUCACACUGCAGCAACCACUCCCUUCUGAAGGUGAAAAUUGAGGUAAUGACAAUUUACACAACAUUUAUAAUUGAAAACCGAUCUGAACUGUUUUGGCCAUUGGUCUAUCUGGACACUAAUGUUUAUGGAGCUUCUAAUCAAAACCAUUAUCAUUUCUGUGUAAACAAAACAAACAGCUGUGAAAACAAAGGAUGCACCUGAGUGAUCAGUGUACGUCACAGCCAAAACAACAAUAGCGGACAGCAGCAGUGAUGAAGCAAAGUGUGUGUAUGAAGUACACUGCUACAGUGAGUAAUUGACACCCUCCCCAGAAAGGUUUAUAUUGCCUAUACAUAUCAAAAAAAUUUUAGCAAAACACUACUUUUGUCUAAAUGAACUCUACUUUUGUCUGAACUCACAUUAACAUAGUUCCUUGGCACCAAAAUGGUGGAAAAGCUCUACUUUUGUCUAAAUUAAGCUCCUUCACCUACUUCAAUUUAUUGUAUUUUUCUAAAGGAAUGUACAUUUUAAACUAUAAUGGCACACAGUAGAGACCUAAAAACAAAAACAAAAGUGUUUAAAAAAAAUGUUAUAGGGGAUUAUGUAACCUAUUCACAGCAUAGUGAAAACUCCAAACAUAUCUAAUAAAGUGUGAUCUGCACCUUAAUAUCCAGAUCUGUUUCAAUAUGUUACUGAACAAGAUCCUCUAAUCUAAUCCUACUAAUUCACUACAUCAAUACAUGCUUUAGCCUUUGGUGAGGUAAUAACAUACAAUAGGACUGAAUAUACAGUAUUUAGGACAAGUGACUAACAUACCUAAUGUAGGACUAGUGACAAGCUUCAAGACACAGUUAACAAGCAUGGCUGCCGUGCUGUUCUAAAAUCGGUAUCGAUUUUUGCUCUUCGCGGUCCGGCCCGGUCCCUAGCACCUGCGAAUAGUGAGCUUAAAACAUCCCAUUUCUACUACUACUUGCAUUGCUUUACUGUUUGUAAAAGGCCUACGAAAUUAUUUAAGCUAAUAUGUUGAAAGGACGGCCAGAAUCAAAGAAGAGGGGUUAGUUGUGCUGCUAUUUACGCUUGCAACCUACAGUGUGAACAAACUUUGUGUUAAAUAAAUGAAAAGUGACAUACACAUAGAGCAAACCACACAAACACACACAGGAGUACCAAAAAAAACACACACAAAAAAACCAAGGCAGCAUACAGAGCGUUUUUACGUUACUUUCUUCCCAUCGCCUUCCUUGGCUCUUCCAGCACGCUCUGAGUUUGGCUUGCAAUUCUGGUGUGCUCCUUAAAGCGUCGAUAUUAAUCUUAAGCGUCCAUGUGUUUAUUCUUAUCUAUAAUUGGAAUGCUUGACCUUCUCGUGCAUGAGUGUCUAUAUCAGUACUAUAUCAAUAAGUUGAACUUGACACUGUAUUUUGCCAUCAUGCCCUCAGAGAACAGUGGAGGAUGUGUUGUGUGGCUGUUUGGGGAUCAUGAUGGUAAAAUAUGGUUUGAAUACAAUGUUAGAUAGCCAAAACUCCUCUUUGGGGACUAGCAGCUCCUUUCUUUUUGUUUGACAAAAGCAUGGCUCCAGUACUUGUUUACAGAAUAUAUACUGUAUGUGUGCGAAUGGAUGAAAAUGCACUUUGCAUGCCUGACCUCCGAGUGCCACGCCUGGCUGGCCCUGCGCUUGUGUUUGUUUGUUUGGACGGCCAAAGGCUCCACCUUGCUUCAUAUGGAGCACGAUCUGACUUGUUGCUCCACAGCACAGCUGGUGGAAGAGGAAUGAAAGGAAAGCAGCUUCAAUGAAUGCUUGCACGUCAUUUUGCUGAGGUGGAAGCACCAGAGAGGGUUUGAUGUGUUGUGGCAACUUGUCGUGUUGCCUAGCGACUAAACUUCAAGUCCCGGGAUCACAAAAUGAUAAUGUUUUAGUGCGAUGUUUGCAUGUGCAAUGAAGGAGUCCUCUCAAACCGCAGCAGCACAGAAUGUAACAACAGGUCACAAAAGCAAAAUAAUGUUUGUCUUUUGUGUUGUGUUUAACCUAGAUAGCAAUAAUUUGUGGAUAGGUCAUAUUUGUCACUGAACCACCAACCUCACUAGAACUGACAUGUAUUAGUCUUUUUUUAACACCAUCCAACUCAUUCUUACUAGAAUUACUUUCUCACAUCACACGGCACCAUACUGUCCAUAUCUGCUGAUCAUUCCCUUAUUAAUGAAAUUAUCCACCAAGGCUCUGUUUUCAUUGACAGACCUUCUCCACUGACUGGCCAUAACAUUAGACACACCUACACAAUCUAGUCUUCUCGUUUUAAACUUUCACUUUGGAUUGAUACUGUCAGAGUUAUUAAGUGAACAAUAUUUUUCUUAUUACCCCUGUGAUUGGCUGGCGACCAGUCCAGGUUGUGCCUCGCCUCUCGCCCAAAGUCAGCUGACUCCUCUAUACCCACGACCCUAAUGAGGACAAGUGUGAUAGAAAAUGCAUGACUUUAUUUUUAUGGGUGUAUUGUAUUUGGUAUGGUAUAUCAUGUUAAGCCUCAUUUAGCUACAGUUAAGCCCUAAAUUAUUCAUACAAAUGUAAAUGUAGUAUUUUCCAUCCAUCCAUCCAUCCAUUUUCUACCGCUUAUCCGGGGUCGGGUCGUGGGGGCAGUAGCUUUAGCAGGGACGCCCAGACUUCCCUCUCCCAGCCACUUCAUCCAGCUCUUCCGGGGGGAUCCCAAGGCGUUCCCAGGCCAGCCGAAGGACGUAGUCUCUCCAACGUGUCCUGGGUCGUCCCCGGGGUCUCCUCCCGGUGGGACGUGCCUGGAACACCUCACCAGGGAGGCGUCCGGGAGGCAUCCGAAUCAAAUGCCCCAGCCACCUCAUCUGGCUCCUCUCGAUGUGGAGGAGCAGCGACUCUACUCUCAGAUCCUCCCGGAUGACCGAGCUUCUCACCCUAUCUCUAAGGGAGAGCCCGGACACCCUGCGGAGGAAACUCAUUUCGGCCGCUUGUAUCCGGGAUCUUGUUCUUUCGGUCACAACCCACAGCUCGUGACCAUAGGUGAGGGUAGGAACGUAGAUCGACCGGUAAAUUGAGAGCUUCGCCUUUCGGCUUAGCUGCUCCUUUACCACAACGGACCGAUACAAAGUCCGCAUCACUGCAGACGCUGCACCGAUCCGCCUGUCGAUCUCCCGUUACAUUCUUCCCUCACUCAUGAACAAGACCCCAAGAUACUUGAACUCCUCCACUUGGGGCAGGAUUUCCUCCACCCUUUUCCGACUGAGGACCAUGGUCUCAAAUUUGUAGUAUUUUAUUUUUUUAAAUGCAAAUAUUCUGGCUAGAAAUGACACGUUAGGCAAUAGACUCGAAGACUGUUUUGAAUUGCUAUUUUCCUUGUUUGUUUUUUUAAUAUUGGACAAAAUGUUUCGCUUCUCUAAGAAUGUAAUGUAAAAAGUAUUUUUCAAAUUUAUAGUUGAUUUGAAUGCACUAGAGCAGUGUUUCUCAACUGGUGGGUAAUAAAGUGGGUCGCGGACACAUUUUGGUCAAUCGCGGACAGCUAUCAAAAUAUUACAUCCCUUUGUAUUCUGAUUUUUCCUGUAUGGUACAGAUGCGUACAAAGUUCCCUCAUGGAACAUUUUAGGUAACUGCUACUAGUUUACACCAGAAACAAAUACUCACCUCACAACUUUAUUUAUAUAACACUUAGAUGCAAUUAUUUUCCCAGCCCUAAUGUACAUCCAGUUCCCAUACAGACAUCACCAACAAGCCAAAAUUCAACAAGGGUUUCCCAAACAUAGUUGGAGGCAUAGAUUGCGCCCACAUUUCAAUUAAAGCACCAUCACGCAACAAAUUCAGCUAUGUGAACAAGGAAGAAUUUCAUUCAAUCAAUGGACAAAUAAUCUGCGAUCCACAUUCCUUGGUGGAAUGCACGAUUCAUUCAUUCAUUCUAUAGAAUAUCUCCGGAUGUGCAUCUCCAUGGGAGCUGUGGUUGAGGAUAGCUGGCUGUACAUAUAUUAUAGUGACGUACGUGGCCCCAAUAAUGCUUGCACUAUGGGUAUCCUUAAUUGCUUGUCCUCCUCCAAUUAAUUAAAGUGGGCCGUGACUGCUCUUUUUUUCUGAUCCAACAGGAUUAACAGCACCAGUUAAAUUGUCCCACGUCAUUUUUUCCUUUUGUUGAAAACACCUGCAUUAAUUGUUCCAGAGAGUUUUUUUUUUGGGGGGGGGGGGGUUGUUUCCACUUCUCCAACAAGUUCCUCAAUGUCGAACUUAGAGAUUUUGCUUUUCUCCGCCCUGUUUUUUCGGAGAGGGAAGUAGUCCAUCCGCACAUUCUUUAAAGGACUUGCUGCUACCAUAUAUGGUCAAUGCAAAUGAGGCUAGACAAGCGCAAGCGUGGCAGGUUAGAACUGGGGGGAUGUAUCACCACACAUUAUUUACUGGUGUGUGUGCGACAGGCGUCCGCACGUUGGAUGAAUUCAGAAUUUUUUUUGUACUUACAUUCUAAUUUUCUGUCCUACGAAGGAACUUAGAAUCUGUUUUAUGCACUUUCUGAUACAUGAGGCUUGUCAGAUGGAGACAGCAUUAAAAGAAAAUGCCAUUGGUGUUUUACAGCACAGUCAUUCAGACUGAUAAAACUGUUACUGUUGCAUAUCUACAUUGUUAAUGUCUUUAAAAAAUAGUCAAACUAUUGAUGCUGCACUUUCCUAAAGAGAAAAGAUAAGUGUUGAGAUUUGUAAAUUUUUAUACAUGCAGUUAUGUUCACGCUUAGUUUCUUAAUGUGCUCUGAAUUGCCCUUUGAACAUGUAAGCACAGUGCACCUAUGCUUAAAAAUAUUCUUGAUUGUUCUUAAAAGUAGGUUAUGACUUUGCAGUCAUAUCCCAGUGUGACAACAGUUGAGAACCACUGCUCUAGAUUUUUCCAGAUUGAUCCUUUACAAUAAACUAUUGUGCUCUACAUUCUCAGGUAUGAAUGGCAAAUAUUUGUCAUUAACUUCUCCAACUCAACUUCAACUCUUUUGCCAAUGUCUUGUAUCAUAUCCAGCGAGCUGGUAUCCAUCCACCAAAUAAAAAAAAAGCGCUUUAACACAUUACAACUGUACAUGAGAGACUUCAAAUAGUAGAUGUACCGAAACAAGCCUGGUCAUGGUGUUAUGGCUAGUCAGUUUAAACUAACAAAAUAUUCUGUCAUGAUUUGGAUUUACUUUCUUUAAAUAUUAUUUCAAUAUAAAAUAUUUUUUUAAAUCCUUAAAAUACAUUUUGUCGCAAUAAUCCGUUUUCCCAUCCGUUAUUAUGAAUGCAUAAAUAAAUGUGGAUAUGUAAUCAGUUGAUGCAGCUAAAAAGCACCAUAGUGCACCUCCAUUGUUGUUAUUUAUUGCAGUUCUCUGUAUUACUGUAUAACAGAAAGAAACCGUAUCAGAGUUGUCAGAUGCAUAGAAAUGUGCAUCCUAUGGUCAGUAUUGUAAAGGGCAAAAAGGUGUUUUAUUAUUGUAUUAUUGAAUGACGGGAAAGCAAAAAAAGAAAAAAAAAGAUUCCUGCACGAGAAAUGGUGUUUAAUCAUUGAGCUUUUACAGUAUUUCCAUGUAACCUAUUGGGGUGCUUCAUGUUUUUGUGUCCACAGCGCUUCAAACGUGUGAUCAAACUGCUCUUCAGUGUGCAAACUGUGUGGAUGGGCAAAGAAAAGGCUUUUUACAAUAUCCUUGUGCCAAAUUUCUUUGAUUUUUCAACAGAAGGCUUACAAUAAAAACUAGCGUUAGUUGUGUUGUGUGA